CUUCUAAAUGUGUGCCUUUUAGUGUGUGGUGUGCCUGGACACCUUGUACAACUGUGUUGGAAAAUACCUUAUUAUGCUAACAAAUAGGUUGAAGGAGAUGCCUUUUUUACCUAAAAGAACAGGGUAACAUUGAGGUGUAAUUGGUAGUUGAGAUGCACAUUACAAUCAAAGAGAGGAGAGGAAAGGUGCCUUUAAAAAUAUGUUCUUUGUGUUUACCCAAAGUUAGUUUAAAUACAAUAGCAGAGAGUUUGACACCACAUUUAAAUGUUUCUGAGUGCUGUUGGCUCUCAGAGGUUGAUGGUGACCAAGGUAAGUCCUAUUUAUGUUGCUCUUAGCUUUUAUCAUCAGCAGGGGAGCCCUCACCAGCAGCCCUAUCAAGGCUGGCACAUUUUCAUACCAGUAAUUUGCUUUAAUAAAACUUCAGGAGAUUCUGGUCCAGCCUUUGAAUAGAAAUUUAAUUUAAAAAGAAAAAAACCCAAUGUGUGAAAGAACAUAUUUCAGAACAUGUUUGCUCUUAAGAGCUCCAGCAGGAUUUUGAAAUAUCAUGUGAACUUUCCAUAAUGUGUUAAAUACGUGUAACUGAAAUUAAAUGUGAGUUGAUGGGGUGUUUUGCUCAUGUGAUUGUGCUUCUGUAUAAAACAAAAAGAAUCCUGAAUUGGCUUCUGUUUCUUCAUUGGUAAACAGAUUUUUAAUAGAUUCAGGUUCCUGUUCUGUGAUCAGACAUUAGGGAACAGCUCUUGAAGCACCAAUAAAUGUUCUUUUGUUUCUUUGUGUGUGCUAGAGAGAGAGGAAAGAAAAAAGGGCUAUGUCCAAUUGAAUUGAGGGACAGAAUAACUAAGUAAAAGAACCUUAACCCAUCAUUGUAAAGGAGGGGUAGUAUCUGUGUUUUCCUUUGGAAGUAGCUGCCUAUAAAACGGAUCCGUUCUUUGCACCUGUUGCUUUUCAAACCUCCUGUAUGCACUAGUGAUGUCAGAACCAGUACGUCUUAACGACUUGAGGCACCCCUCUGUUACUAAGUGUCUAAAGUAACAUUUGAACUGAGUGAAUUUUAGCCAGUAUUCAUCUCCCUCCCCUGCAGCUUCAGUAGAAAAUAAAGCUUGUUUCACUGUGAUUUGGAUGCUCUGCUGUGUAUUUGGCCUUAGAUCGCUGGUGGGAAAUAGAGCUGUCAGUUAUAUUAGGUGUGAAGCCUCUUUAUUUCAGGUGGUGCUGAUUUCAGAACUUUUUAGAAAUAAAAACUUGUUUAUUGUUUGUUUGGCAGCAUCCUAAGUUAGUUUUGUCAUUGCAGAUUUUAGUCAGUGGGAGAGGGCUUUGAGUCUCUUCUCUCCAUUAUUAAGUACUACUUUUGUCUCAGGUUGUUUCUUGUCACAUACAUUUGUACAAGAGAUUCCAGUUGUUUCAAGCCUUUAAUGCCCUUAUGUAAAAAAGAGUAACAUCAAGUAGCAUAAAUGCUUAUUUUAGUUAUCUUUUAGAAGAUGGCAACUGCAAAUGAAGAGCUAAAAGUUUCAGUGGGGUUUUUGCCUCUGAAACUUAAAAGCAGAUGAAACUAAUAGAUACUGCAGUACUUGGCAAAACAGUUUUUUAAGGCAAUGAGCCAUCUUUAAAUGCCUGUAGCCUCCCUGUAGUAGAUGAAAAAAAAAUUGUAUCAAGUACCUUUUUCUUGUUUACCUUGUACCAGUUGGUGAAAACUUGGAGAAAAUGCAGGAAAAUAAGUGGAGAACUAAAAAGCAGGGAACUCUGUUUCCCAGAAAAUUAUGUCCUGCUGUUGCAGGUCACAAUAUAGAGAGAGGCCCUAGAACUCAUCUCUUCUGUUCAAUGGCUCUGAGCCACACAUCUAGUCUUCAAUAUUAAAAAUUUUGAAUACAUGUGACCUUCUUUUAGCCUGUAUAUGUAAAGAUUACUUCUAGAAACAUUUUAAAGUGUGAUUUUUAUUCCUUCCAUAUUCAAUUCCUGUUUCUGUAAAACAAACAUUGCUCAAUAAGGGAGAUGAGUUGAAAUAAAAAUCAGUUUUGGACAGUUUUCACAUCAUAUUUGAAAAAGAGCUUCUGCAUGUUGCAUAAAAAGAGUGAUGUCAUUGCUUAAGUAUUUGUUUAGUACAUAUUUCUGAUUAGUAAAGUAUGUUUUUACACUGAAUUUGGUAUGAGUACUUGAAAGCCAGCAGAUUUUAUACUUGCCAACCUAUGAAACUCAGCAUUUCUUCAAGAAAACCGUAGAAGUACAAAUGAAAUAUAGAAUUAAAAGCUUUCAGAUACAGUUCACAAACUAAAAUUAGCUAUUUCAAAUAGCAGUGAUUUUAAAUUAGUUUGCUCUAAGUGGCAUAAAUUGAAUUAAUCAAAUGUUGAAGUUCUUCAGGGUUUUACACUGUUGUUGCUGUCUUGUCAUAAUGUUGUGCAUCAAAAUAUAAACCAGCUCCAUGCCUUGACCUAUUGCUUUUUUACUUCCCCACCUGAUUUCAUUCCCCAGAGUGGCAGUAGUAAGGUGAAAGAAUCUCUCUAGGGCAAGUUGAAGACUGGGCUAUAUUAUGUUGCAGAGCAGUGGCUGAGCAACUAUGUAUGCUAACAGCUAAAACCCAGCUGUGCUUUUUAUUGUGGUCCUGCAGCCAGGUGGUGCUGAGUGAAAGCCUCUGACCUUCCAAACUAGACUGGACAGGUCCUAAGUGCCUGUGGGCUCCCAGGUCCAUGCUGACACCUGAGAUGAGCUUGGAAGCACCCAGAGAGUGCAGGGUGGCCUGGGGCAGUGCUGUUCUGUAAAGGGGACACGGUGGGGUCCUUCAGCACCACUUCCUUCACUUUAGGAGUGUGGAUUUGCCCUCGCUGUCCUAGGGCAUAAUAAUGUGCUGGCAGGGCAGCCAGGAGGUGAAUGAAUGCUGCUGCUGCUGCUGCCUGAGGUCACUGCCUGUCUACUUUAUCCCUUGGUCACCUUGGGCAUUUCACAUGCCAGUUGCUACAGGCUGCAAGGGAAUAUAUCUUUCCCACAAGAUUUAUUUGAAUAUCUUGUAAAAUAAUAAGGCAGUUAUUGUCUUGGGAGGGCAGGUUUUACUGAGACGGGGAGGCAUUUGUUGCCUUAGACCUUGUUAAUGAUCUAAACAAGUGCUUCAGUUUGUCCAUACUGAGGAUCAAGACCUGAGGGUAAGAAACAAAAAAUGGGUGGAAUAUUAAGUGUCCAUUUCAAUUGAGAAAUAGAUAUAUAAUUGUGUUAGCUGGAACAUGUUUAAAAAAUCUGGAAUACUGAAGAUUUUAGGACAGAGACCGAGCCAGUCCAGUAAAAAUAAAUCUCAUCUAAUCCUAUCACAUGAAAGCUGUGUGUAGGAGGUUCCAAUUUAGUUCCAUUUGUAGAAGUGGUCUUAAUAUUGUUACACUUCAGUAAGAGAAAUUGGUAUUUAACUGUGUAGAAUUUUUUUUUUUUGCAUUCAUACAGUUAUAUGCAAAGCUGUCUUCUAAAUCAUUACUGAAAAAAUUUAAAUAUUUUGCUAAGUUUUAGUGUAAUUCCAUAAACUUGUUGCAACAUACUAUGUAUUGAGGUAAAAAAGUACUACCAGAAUUUGUGAAAUUGACGCUUAUUAUUGCUAGUAGGAUUUAACAGCUAGAAACAAAGGAAGCAACACCAUGAGGCUGUGCAGUAGUCUCGAACCCCAAUUCUUAUAACUUUUAAGAUGUAAACAAGUUUCUUUUGACAUUUGAAAGAAUUUUUAUUCUGGAUGGAAAGAUGAACUGAGGGAAGGAAGAAACAUUUACUUACCUUUUCUUGCUAUAGGGUGAAGAUAUUAUUUGCAGUUACUGUGUCAUGCCUAGUUUAUGAAAUAUGUGUCUAUGAAUUCCUGGAGAGCUAGUUUAAGUCAGCUGAAGUGUUGCAUUAAGUGUGUUAGUAGCCACCUGUACACUGAUGUAAUAAGUUAAUUUCCUAGGUACAGAUAAAAAUGGGAAGAGACAAAAGAAAGGGUGAUGUCUUCACUUAUUAACGGUUUGAAUAGCAUAAAAGUAUUCAUGAAAUGGGAAGAAGCCUCCAUACUUAGUUUGGCAAGAAAAGAUAGUGAAAAUAAUAAAGUAUUAGGUAGGCUUUUUCCAAUACUCCCCCUGUUGCCAGAGUUGAUCUGGUCUUGUUUAAGGCCCCUCUAAAAGGCAUUUGCAAAUGAAUGUUUCAGAGCCACACGUGUAAAUUUUUGUACAGUGUUGACAAUAAGUGGUCUCAAAACAAAGGUGAUCUACAGUUCUACAGAUAAAAGAUUUAAUUUGACAGAAAUAUGCAGCAUACAAGCUUGCAUUCAUCUCUGCAUGGGCCGGUACCCCUGGUGUUGAGUGCAGCUCUUUGUAUGGCGCACUUUUGUAGAGUGAUGCUCUCUUCAAAGCAGUCAUGCAGUUCCUUGUGUGAGCAGGCGAGCACAAGAUGCCUUUGCGAGCAGGUUCCAGUCCACUUGCUUUGUCCUUGUGCCCAGAGCGGGCUCUGUCUGUGGGGUGUGUGUGUCCCGCUCCCUCAGAGCCACUGGGGUUGCUCCUGGCUGGCCACCCAAGUGGCACUGGCUGCUUUGAACUGGUUUGCUCUGAAGCAGAGAGGUUCUAUUCAUCUAUUUUGUAUUGCUCUUGGCUGUGAGCCACGACUGGGUCCCGUAUGCUGCUCCUGUGACCUCAGGGGAUGAAUUUUUCUCUUUCUUUUGAGUUUGGAUUGCUUGAAACAACCUACAUGCUUGAUGUUUUACUAGCGUGAACUCAGGGAUUGUAUGUUCAAUUCCAUGAGGAUAUAUUCAUUGAGUGGAAAGCCUGUUGAGAAGUUCUAACAGAUUGGGUAGGACAGAGGGAGUCACACUCAGUGCAUUUCUAUCCAUACUGGUUUUUGGGAACAGCUUCUGGAAUGAAGUGUUCCUAGAGCUGUGCCUAGUCUUUGUCUUCGGAGAAACUGUUGGGAGCAAUGCAGGUGACUGCUCUCAGGUCUUCCACACGUAGCAGGUUAGGUGUGUGCCGGAGGUACAAAAGACUGGAAAGAACUGGUGUGCCAUUGCAGCACACCUGCCUGGACUGCUGUGCCUCAUCAGAUUCACACAGAGCUGGCCCUGGAGCUUCACUCUAAGCAGGCUGUGGAGCUCUGCUGCCUGCCAUCUGGACCUAGGGCUGCUGCUUGCUCAGUGAGGAUAUAUGUGGCACAGCAAAAAUUGUUUCUCGUGGUUUUAAGGGACAGUGGUAAUUGUGUGGUCAUAUUUAUUUUUCUUUCUCAGAUUUGAAGGUAUAUAUUAUUUGGAUAUUAAAAUGAGCCUGUACAAUGUAUAACAUGCAUGUGGGCACUGUCUUGUACUUGUGCAGUUGUCCUGUGCAAUCAUUAACAAUGUGUUUUACCAUUUGGUGACUUUUGUCUUGCUUAACAGCCUUGCAUGACACUUGUUUAGAGAAAUACACAUCUUUUCCUUAAGAAGCAGGCAAAGAUACCAAUUGUGCCUUUUAUAUUUUUACUUUCUUUAAAUUGCAUUUAUUGCCAGAUGAGAUCUUGUCAUACAAACUUGUCAUAUCUCUCCUUGAACAUCAUUUGGUAGUUAAUUUCUUUGUGAAAAUACAGAGAAAGCGUACUAGACUCCUGAAAUCUUUCAGUAAUAUUUCAGAUAUUACUCUAAAGGAUGAACCUUUUCCUCCAGCUUAAAAUAUUAAGCCAGCAUUGCUUCAGCUUGCUUUGCAAGGCUUAAUUGUAUCUGCAGUUAUGUAAGUUUCAGUUAUGUGAUAUUUCAUGGGCAUCUAUUUAAACAUACAACUAUUAUUUUUAGUUGAAAUAUAGACUAUAUAAAGACUUAAAAGAUGUGGGAUCAAGGUGGACAACCUUGGCAGCAAUGGCCUUUGAACCAACAGCAGUGGAUGCAGUCAUUUCAGCACCAGCAAGAUCCAAGCCAGAUUGACUGGGCUGCAUUAGCUCAAGCAUGGAUUGCUCAGCGAGAAGCCUCAGGGCAACAGAAUGUAGUGGAACAACAAGGAAUGAUGCCAAACGGACAGGAUAUUUCAGGAAUAGAGUCUGGUCCAAACAACCAUAAUAAUUUUCAGGGGGAUCCCAAUUUCAACAGAAUGUGGCAGCCAGAAUGGGGAAUGCCUCACCAGCCCCCUCACCCACCUCCAGAUCAGCAGUGGAUGACUCCAACCCCAGGUCAAAUGGAAAUUGUUCCUCCAUCUGAAGACAGCAACAGUCAGGACAGUGGGGAAUUUACUCCUGACAACAGGCAUAUAUUUAACCAGAACAAUCACAACUUUGGGGGACCUCCCGAUAACUUUGCAAUGGGGCCAGUGAACCAGUUUGACUAUCAGCAUGGGGCUGCUUUUGGUCCACCUCAAGGUGGAUUUCACCCACCUUAUUGGCAGCCAGGACCACCAGGGCCACCAGGUCCUCCAGCACCUCCUGCACCUACUCAAAAUCGAAGGGAAAGACCCUCGUUCAGAGAUCGACAGCGUUCACCUAUUGCGAUGCCUGUGAAGCAGGAGCCUCCCCAGAUUGAUGCUGUGAAGCGCAGAACUCUGCCUGCCUGGAUUCGUGAGGGCCUGGAAAAGAUGGAAAGAGAAAAACAGAAAAAAUUGGAAAAGGAGAGAAUGGAGCAGCAACGUUCACAGAUGUCUAAAAAAGAGAAAAAGGAAAGUGAGGAGGCUGAAGAAGGGGAUGGCCCACGGUUACCUCAGAGAAGUAAAUUUGACAGUGAUGAGGAAGAUGAAGAUGCUGAAAACACAGAAGCUGUAAGUGUUGGGAAAAUCAGCAGGAGUCCAUCCCCAGCUCCUCAAGAGGAGCAAAGUGAACCAGAAAUGACAGAAGAAGAAAAGGAGUAUCAAAUGAUGAUGCUAACAAAAAUGCUGCUGACAGAGAUUCUCUUAGAUGUCACAAAUGAAGAAAUCUAUUACGUAGCCAAAGAUGUUCACCGUAAAGCAACUAAAGCUCCUGCAAAACAGCUGGCACAGUCCAGUGCACUGGCUUCCCUCACUGGACUCGGUGGACUGGGUGGUUAUGGAUCAGGAGACAGUGAAGAUGAGCGGAGUGACAGAGGCUCUGAAUCAUCUGAUACUGAUGAUGAGGAAUUGCGACACAGGAUAAGGCAAAAACAGGAAGCAUUUUGGAGAAAAGAGAGAGAACAGCAACUACUGCUAGAAAAACAGCUAGAAGAAGAAAAGCUACAAAAUGAAAAAGUUUCAAAAGAGAUGAAUGAAUUUAUCAACAAAGAACAAAAUAGUAACUUAGCAUCACAGGAGACAAAAGAAAUUGAAGCAGACAUGGUUCAUGAAAAGAAGAGAUCUCCAAAUGCAAUUGUACCUGAUGUAGAACUCAAGAAAGAGGGUAAAGAGAGGACAGGAAGGAAUGGGUCAAGAAGUUCUAGCAGUGGUAGCAGCAGCAGCAAUAGCAGGAGCAGCAGCAGUAGCAGCACAGUAUCCAGUUCAUCGUUUAGCACUAGCUCAGGUAGUAGUCGCAGCACUUCACGGUCUUCCUCUCCCAAAAGGAAGAAGAGACACAGUCGCAGUAGGACACCGUCACACAAAGUUAGGCGCAGUAGAAGCAGGAGUUACUCCCACAGAAAUAGGAGAGAGAGGAGUAGGAGCAGGGAGAAAAUAAGGGAAAGGAGAAGAUCUAGUAGAAAUCACAGUGCUGAAAGAGGGGAGAGGCGGAGAAAUCGGAGUCCUUCGAGAGAGAGAAGCUGGGAUAGACGUAGAAGUGGCAGCCGCUCGAGAGACCGGCGAGCCAACCGUGCGAGCCGCAGCAGAAGCAGGGACAGACGUAAAGCCGAAGACCAGCGUAGAAGCCCUACUGGAAAUAGGCACAAACAUAAAAGUGAGGGUAAAGAUCAAGAAAGGAAGAAGGAGCAGGGUGGAGGUGUAGAUAAAGACAAAAAAAAGAACAGAGAAAGGGAGAGAGAUCAGGAAAAAAGAAAAGAUAAGCCCAAAAAAGAGGAAAAAGAAAGUAAGGCUGGCAAUCAUGACGACAGUAGAUUAAAGAGAAAAAGAGACAGUGAAAGAACUUUCUCUCGCAGUGAAUCAAUAUGUGUGAAAAUAAUAAGACAGGAUUCCAGACAAGAAAGCAAAAAAAUUACUACCAAAGAUAGCAAAAAACGAUCAGGCUCUGAAUCUAGUGCAAGGAGUAGUUCUGAAUCACCAGGAAGUAGUAAAGAAAAGAAGGCUAAGAAAUCGAAGCAUAUUCGGUCAUGCUCCAUGGAGAAAUCUCAAAGGUCUGGUAAGAAGGCAAGCCGCAAACACAAGUCUAAGUCACGAUCAAGAUCAACAAGUCCUCUUCAUCGUAAACGCUGAGGAAUUUAUGGCAUCAGUGCUAUGACGUUUAAAAAUUCCAUGAGUUAUAAAAGGCUUGUCUCAUUAUAGAGGCACAUUGUGGCUAUGUAGGUGAAACCAGAAUCCUUUUUUUAUCUGUAAAUAGGUGUAUUUUUUCCAAAUGCUGCUCAGAAUUAAAUACCUAAUAGGAUUUCUUUGUAUUACAUUUUUUCAAGAACGGUAGUGCUUAUUAAGACUAUAAAACAGGCCAUUCUCUUUCAGCUGUAAUGUUCUUAAAAUUACUAUUGAAUGUACUGUGAUGUCAAUAAAGCUCUUUAGUUCAUUUUUUGUUUAAAAUUCUUGCACCUGAAUUUUGUGGUAAAUGGUAGAAAGUACUUAAAAAAAAA